CACUACAGUACCCUGAGUUAGUUUACUUAGUUACAUUCCACCACCGUUGCCUUCCAGAAGAGUUACUUUGCAGUCCGACGGCACUCGAACGCGGCAUUAAAGCGACACUGGUGCCAAACUGGAUCCAGUUCAUAUUGAUCCAGAACGACAGACAGAGAGCGAGGGGCGACGAUGUUUGAAAAUGUCCCAACAGUGUCCUCUGCGGAGCGUCAGCAGGUACUGGGAGCUCUGGAGCGUCUGCAGGCCAAACUGGUCCAGAGGGAGGAGUGGACCCACAGUGAGACGGUGGGAAACCUGAGGGAGACCCUGCAGAGUCCGCUGUUCAGCCACAUCCUGACCCUGCAGCACUCCAUCAAACAGCUCCGGAACCAGCUGAGCAGCAUGCCGCCCGAUGCCAGCAGUGACUUCAGCUUCUCCAAAAAGGGUCAGCUGAUCAUGAGCGCUGUCAAUCCAGGCAGCAGCUCGCCCACCCCCACCCUGUCCGCCUCUUCCUCCUCCUCCCUUCUGACCAACGGCUUGUCUCCGCCCAUCCAUCGGACUCCGCCCUUGUCCGACCCCGUCCUGCAGAAGUGGAUCCUAGCCGCUGCCAAGGGCCGUCAAACAGAGCUGUGUCAGCUGACUCGGCCUCUGUCCGGAGGUCUGGGCUUCAGUGUGGUUGGUCUGAAUCCCGCAGGAAGCAGCAGUCAGGACGUCUUCGUCAAACACAUCCAGCCUGGAGGCAUCGCACACAGGGACGGGCGUCUCCAGGAGAGGGACCAGAUCCUGGUGAUAAACGGCGUUCCUCUGGAGUCGGGGAUCAGCCAGCAGCAGGCGCUGACCCUCCUGCAGCAGCCGGGAGAGACCGUGGAGCUGGUGGUGGCCAGGGACCUACCACCCAACGCGUCAUCGCCACCUGCCGCCGCCGUCAGCAGGGACCAGUGGGGUCACAUGGAGGAAAUCGAGCUUGUGAACGAUGGAUCCGGUUUGGGCUUCGGCAUCGUGGGAGGGAGGAUGACCGGAGUGGUGGUCAGGACGCUCCUCCCAGACAGCGUGGCAGACAAGGACGGGCGUCUCCGCACGGGGGACCACAUCCUUCGCAUCGGGGCGACGCCCACCAGCGGCCUCACCAGCGACCAGGUCGUCAAGGUGCUGCAGGGCUGCGGGAGCCAAGUGACGUUGCUGAUCGCAAGGGAUCCCCGGGGUCAAAGGUCGACAGCCCCGCCCCCACCACCUCCUGACUCGGCCCCCGUCUCCUCCUUGCCCCCGCCCCCGGGCCUACCACCCCAACGCCGGCUCAGCAAAACGCCGAACCUGGAGGGAUAUGAGAUCCACGAGGUUCCACUAACCAAGAACGACGGCCAAAGCCUCGGCAUCUCCAUCAUCGGCCACAACCCCCUCACCAGCUCAGAUGCAGUAGGUGUGUUUGUGAAACAUGUGGUUCCAGGCAGCGCUGCAGAUCACAGCGGAAACAUCCGAAUCCACGACCGACUGCUCGCUUUGGACGGCGUCAGUCUCCACGGUUUGACCAAUCAGGAGGUUCUGGAGGUGAUGAGGCAGACGGGUCGGACUGUCGUUCUCAGUGUGAUCAGGAAGAAACCCAGAACCCUGGAGAGAUCCUUGGAUAAAGUGGAGCUGGAGUCGUUUCGUUUGUCAUCCAGGAGGUCGUUUGAGGUCAGAGCUCGCUCGUCUGGGGUUGGCUUAACGAUGGCAAAUGACGAACCAACGCACCUGAACUCAGCACAGCUAACAAGGGCUACAGAUGCAGAACUGUGGGCUAAAUGGGAGCAGGCGCUGGGACCAAAGUACCAAGUUCUGGUGGUGAAGUUGGAUCCUGUCAUUGAAGACGAUGCAGAGCUGCAAAAGUCUUCAAAGCUGCUGCCCGUCCACACUGUGCGUCUUGGUGUCGAGCUGGACUCGUUUGACGGUCACCACUACAUCUCCUCUGUGGUCCCUGGAGGCCCCGUUGACAAACAUGGAGUCUUGAGACCAGAGGACGAGCUCCUAGAGGUGAAUGAUGUUCAGCUGUACGGUAAGUCUCGUCGAGAAGUGGUGUCGUUCCUCAAAGAAGUGCCUCCUCCGUUCACUUUGGUCUGCUGCCGACACCCGACCUCUGACCUGGAACCAGAAACUGAAUCCGAAUCCGAACCAGGACCUGAACCAGUACUACGACCUCGAACUGGACCAGGACCUGUAAGACAGUCACAACCAAGUGUUGAGGAGAUCGAGCUGAAGCUGUCGUCGAUGCUCUGCAGACAGACUGAACUGAGAGAGAGCAUCAUUGAGCAGCAGCAGGUAGUUAGACAGGAGGAGCAGGUAUCCCCUGUAGAGGAGGUGCUGAUGGAGGAGGAGGAGGAAGAAGAGGAAGAGGAACAGGAGGAGGAGGAGCAGGCUGAAGAUGAAGACGAUGGAGAGCUGGCUCAGUGGUCUCCAGAAGUUCAGAUCCUGGAGCUUCAGAAGGAGAGAGACAAAGGCCUCGGCUUCAGCAUCCUCGACUACCAGGACCCACUGGACCCCGGUCGCUGCGUGAUGGUGAUCCGUUCUCUGGUCCCCGGCGGCUCAGCGGAGCGUCAAGGCGGUUUGCUUCCCGGAGACCAGCUGGUGUCGGUCAACCAGACCCAGUUGGACCUGCUCACCCUGAACCAGGCCUUGGAGGUCUUGAAGUCCGCCCCCCCUGGCAGAGUCCGCCUGGGGAUCCGCAAGCCUCUGGUGGUGGAGGCACCAGAGAGGAUCAGCCAGAUAUCUCUCAGCAACACACAACUGCCCGUACCAAAGGGUUUCGGCGACGGCUCCAUCCUGCCAGAAAGCCUUCGUCAGGAGGAGGAAGAGGAAGAAGAGGAAGAGGAGGAGCCGGAGCUCAUCUUGGACGGAGGUCUGCCUCGCUACUCCUCCUUGUCUCGGACCGCUGACCUCCUGCCCGCGGAGGAGGGCAGGGAGAUGGCCGUGGACGAGGAUCUGGAGGAGGAGGAGUUGAAGUUUCUGCAGAAAGUGGAGGAGAGCGUGAGCUCCCUCCCCAGCAGACCCCCCCCAUCUUGGGAGGAGUGGAAGCUCACCUCCAGCCGGUCCAGCAGAGCAGAGGAGACUUGGAGCAAAGAGAAGCAGGAGGAGUUCAGCGAGAGAGAAGAGGAGGAGGAAGACCUGCAGAGAUCAGACCAUGAAAGCAUUUUGUCUAUAGGAAACCUCAUUGUUGGUAUUUCAGACUCCAGAGACAGUGAAGCCGACUCUGAACUCACGCUGACAGACACCGACACAGAGUCCGUCAGGACAAUUGACACUGAGAGAAGGAAGAGGCGGAGCCAGGGAGAUGCCUUUCUACCAAUCAGAGGAGGACACGGUGAUCUUCCUGAAAGAGAGGAGGGUGAGGGAGAGGAGACGCCUGCCUUCAGUCACUGGGGACCCCCCCGCAGGGUCGAUGUGUGGCCUGAGGAGGGCCAGUCUUUGGGUCUGAGCAUCGUGGGAGGUCAUCAUGUCAUCAAGCGUUUGAGGAACGGCGAGGAACUGAAGGGAAUCUUCAUCAAACAAGUUUUACGGAACAGCCCUGCUGCCAAAACACAGUGCCUGAAGACCGGAGACAAGAUCCUGGAGGUGUCAGGCGUUGAUCUACGAGUGGCCAGUCACGAGGACGCGGUAAACGCCAUCAAAUCAGCCCCGAGCCCCGUCGUCUUCAUCGUCCAGAGCCUGUCAGCUACUCCACGGCCUGUGUCUCUAACCGCUCCCAGCUACAAUAAACACAAAGCAAAGAGGACGGAGUCUCCGACUCCAGGUGCAGCCCCACCCCCUUUGAGACAACCCCCGCCCUACAGACCUCCAAACCAAUCAGAACAGGGGCCAAAUUCUGACCUGGAGCAGGCCAAAGAGCGUUGGUGUGAGCGUUAUGGAGACCUGCAGGGGGAGCUGCUGUGUGUGGAGCUGGAGAAGGAGCGACAGGGUUUGGGUCUCAGCCUGGCAGGGAACAGGGACCGGUCCCGCCUCAGCAUCUUCGUGGUGGGACUCCAUCCAGGGGGGCCGGCGGCUCGAGACGGACGCAUCCAGGUCGGAGACGAGCUGCUGGAGAUUAACAACCAGGUUCUUUAUGGGCGGAGUCACCAGAACGCCUCGGCCAUCAUUAAGAGCGCCGCCCCCAAGGUGAAACUCAUCCUGCUCAGAAAUGAGGAUGCUAUAAACCAGAUGGCUGUCCCCCCUUCUCGUCUCCCCCUCCUCCCCCUGUCCUCAGCCCUGUCAGCCCCGAGUCUGUCUGUCCAGCUCUUCUCUCCGUAUCCGUCCCCUCAGACGGACCCCGCCCCGACAGCCUGACCCUCCACCCUUCUUCAGACCCGCCGGAGGCGAAGAGCGAUGAAGCCGAACAGAACAACAGGAACAGAAACAGAAGCAGCA